CUCACUACCAUGAUAUCCACUAUAUCCGACCAACUCCACUGUCCGGCUGAACGCGGACAGCAAACACUUUGAUCGGACGGAAAAGUGGAGAAAAAAAAAGUGCGCGUAUUUUUUCUGCUCUUCGGAUCGAACCGCGACCUCCAGGACAGAGUUUAGGAGGAGAAAAUAAAGCGCGACAUAGUUUUUUUCUUUCUUUCUUUUCCUCCUUUGAGAAUGUGGCGAACCUGAGGUUGGAGGAAAAAGAAAGAAGGCGGAUCGCAGCUCAUUGAACGAUCAGAGGGAGAGAGAGAGAAAAAAAGAAGUUGUUUCAUGGCGAGAACUACAUGAGGACGUGCAGCGGGACCAGAGGACGACGCAGCAGAGCAGCCGCAGAUUCACACACUUCAUUACCUGCCUGUUAGUGAAGACGACAAGAGGAUGUUGUCUCAGCUGAGAGAGCAGAUAUGGGCCGACUGGAUUUGGUUUCCCGAAGGCCACGGCUGGGCCGACUUGACGGAUCAUGAUGGCAAAGUCUUCCCUAAAACGCAGGACCUCUGGGCGACCAUCCCCAUCGCCCUCUGCUUCCUCGUCAUCAGACAAAUAUUCGAGCGGACGGUGGCGAUCCCGCUGGCCUCUCUGAUGAAAGUGAGCGACAAGCAGCGUGUUCGUGCUUCUCCUAAUCCCAUCCUGGAGUCCCACUUCUGCAGCACAUCAAAGCAUCCCACACAGAGCUCCAUAGAGACUUUAAGUAAACAGACGGGCUGUUCGGUGCGACAGGUCCAGAGGUGGUUCAGGCGGCGGAGAAACCAGGACCGGCCCAGCAAGGUCAAAAAAUUUCGGGAAGCAAGUUGGAGAUUUACCUUUUACCUUCUUGCUUUCUUUGCUGGCCUGGCAGUCCUCGCUGAUAAACCAUGGUUCUACGACAUGAAGCUGAUGUGGGAGGACUUCCCGAAAAUGCCACUGGUGCCUUCACAGUACUGGUACUACGUGAUCGAACUGGGCUUCUACGUCUCGCUGCUGUUCAGCGUAGCGUCGGAUGUCAAACGUAAGGAUUUCAAAGAGCAGAUAGUUCACCAUGUGGCCACCAUCGCCCUCAUCAGUUUCUCCUGGCUGGUCAACUACAUCCGGGCAGGGACUUUGAUCAUGUUGGUGCACGAUGCCUCCGACUAUCUAAUGGAGUCAGCCAAAAUGUUCAACUACGCAGGUUGGAGAAAAACCUGCAACUUCAUCUUCACGCUGUUCGCUGUGGUUUUCAUCAUCACCCGCCUCGUCAUCCUCCCCUUCUGGAUCAUACAUACGACGUGGGUGUACCCGCUGACUCUCUACCCCCCCUUCAUCGGCUUCUACUUCUUCAACGGGCUGCUGCUGGUGCUGCAGGUUCUGCACAUCUUCUGGGCGGCGCUCAUCCUGCGCAUGGUCAUUAAGUUCCUGCCGGGCAACGAUAUCGUGGAGGACGAGCGCAGCGACAAGGAGGAGAGCGAGUCGGAGGACGAAGAAGACGAGCGCAGGGAAAAGUCUAAAAACGGCCACGUGCAAAACGGCCACGCUCUCCUCAACAACAACCACAGCAAGACGGACUGAUGGGACAGUGAGAGCUGAGGCUGUAUGAGGAGUGACACCUGAAAGCCAAAGAGCGCGGCGUAUGGAAAGAGGCAGCAGGCAACACACAAACACACACAUGUACACACUCACAUCAUCCCCCCUCUCCUCCCCACCGGUAGUCCAGUGUGGAUGAAUUCACCUCUCUGUGGAUUACACUAAAUUAAAUAAAAGAGAAAAGGCUGCUGAAGAAAACCCACGAUGAUCUGCCUCAGCAGCAGAGUGGUUUUCUCUUCAUUUCUUCUCCUCUUUUUUUUUUUUUUUUUUCUCUCCAGUUUGUUUUCGCUAUUCGCCGAGAUUUUGUGCUGUUUGUCCAAGUUGCCAAACCCUGCCUGCUUCGUAGCUUUAUGUUUUAUUACUGGAAGUGUUUUCAGGAGAUUCUGCCGUUGGGACGGGCAUUCGCUUCCCUUCCUGCAGUCAGUUAACAGUCUAAGUAUUACUGCCCUCCAACUUGACUGAUUAUUUUUUGUUUUCUUUCGCUCUAAACAUCCACAAUGAAGUCGGUGACAUUGUGAUGAGCACUUGUGUGAAUGUGGCAGUGACUUUCUGUGGACCAUAACCGGAGUUUAAGCCUCUUUACUAAAAGUCCAGAGUUUUGGUAAAUAAUAAUAAAUCCGCAGCUGCCAUUUUGUCACUUUGGUUCACGGUUUUUGAGACAGUGUAUGAAAAAUAUAUUUGUUCCCGUGAGGUUUAAAAAGCUGAAUAAUUGGUGAUAGAUAAUAUUUUUUAACAGUUUGAGAGAAGGUGCUACAUCUGCCACGUGUACUGAAACGUGCCUUAUGUGGAAGUUUGUCUUAAAACGCUCUGUCUCUUUGGGAAGCAGAACGCACAGAGAUCCUUUUUAAAUGUUUGUUUAUGCUUCACAUCUUUUUAGUUGUAUGAUUUUAUUUUACUUUAUGUUUUAUUAGUUGUUUUUUUUUUGUUUGUUUGUUUUUUUCCAAGUCCAGUCAAUGGUUUAAAAUUUGGGAGCAAUUUGUUUGAGUGUAACCCAAACCCAUCUGUAAUUGUUUAUUAAUUCUUUAUGGGCUGGAAGAGUCGGUAGCAUUUCCAUUCAGUGUUGUUUAUCCAUCCAAAGAUGCACUUUAUGGGUUCUUCUAUAGAUCAGCAUUGGCUAAAAAAAAAAAAUCUAGUAAAAUAACUUAGUGAUUGAUUCAAGUUGAAAUGUGAUUUCCUUUUUAGUUCAGAGAGGUUUGGAAUAUGAUUUAAAUUUUUUCUUGAUAUUUAUUCUCAUUAGUUUUGCUUUAUGUUGUUAAAAAAUAAUAAUAAUUAUAAAAGAAGAGCAAACCUUAUGGAAAGAUGUUAAAAUGAAACACCAAAGUUCGGUUUACAUGUUUGUGUAACCCUGUCAUUUGCAAGUGCCUUCAUCAUUUCAAUUGUUAAUUGUAAAGAAAAAAAAAAAAUCUGUCCCUUUGUCUGAUUCUGUCGCCUUUGUGGCCCAACACGUCCGACACUCGGACGGGUCUCUGCCCGUCCUGAGUGCCUCUCGACCAAUCAGCUGCAGCUCCCUCCAGAGAGCUUUGCUUCUACUGAAGUGUUUUUAUUCUGCGGUAUGUGUUGCUGAGAUGUAAAAUCAUAAUGACGAUGAUGAUAAAGAUAUUUGUGGAUAACUCA